CCACCGGGGUGGUGGAGUGACCCGGAGGACUCGCCACCCAGCAACUGGGAGCUCGACCCAGUUUUCGCCCUUGAGCCUCCCAGUGCCCGGGGCGGGCGGUCACGGAGGCGCCGUGGUCGGGCUGCCUCGCGGUCGGCUAGACCUCCAGCUGCUCAGCCAGCGGAUCCCGGCCCUGCAUCUUUUGAUGGGUCUCGGCUGGUUAUUUUUCCAGGGCCCGGCCCGCGGGGGUCCCGCCGGUCCCGUCCGGCUGCCCAGCCGGGUUCCCUACAGCUGGGGUCCGUGUUCCAGUCCCCUGCCCAGCCCAGACUGCAGGGGGGUCCGCCUGCUCCGCCCGUUGUUCCGCAGGGGCCACUGCCGCCUGCUCCACCCACUGUUCGUGCUUCACCCGCGCCUCGAGCCCCGGAGAGGUCUCCAGAGCCGCCUCGAGCCCCGGAGAGGCCUCCAGAGCCGCCUCGAGCCCCGGAGAGGUCUCCAGAGCCGCCUCGAGCCCCGGAGAGGCCUCCAGAGCCGCCUCGAGCCCCGGAGAGGCCUCCAGACCCGCCUCGAGCCCCGGAGAGGCUUCCAGAGCUGCCCCGAGCCCCGGAGGGCCCUCCAGAGCCGCCCCAAGUCCCAGAGGGGCCGCCUGCUCCACCCCAAGUCCCGGAGGGGCCGCCUGCUCAGCCCCAAGUCCCGGAGGGGCCGCCUGCUCAGCCCCAAGUCCCGGAGGGGCCGCCUGCUCUGACCCUCGUUCCGUGGC